CCAGCUGACUGUGACCUCAGCUCCAGGAGGAAGAGGAGGAGGAAGCAGUGAGCCGGAAGGUGCCUUUAAAAACACACACAGACAUUUACUUCACUUUCUUGUAGUAACGCCGACACAUUUCACCUAGUUGUGAAAACCGCCAUGAAAGUUUAGCUAUUUAUUAUUUUUAGCGAACAUGCGUGGAGUGUAGUUAGGCGGGACAAAAAAGAUGGCAGAACACAACGAGACAGUGGUGUACUUAUCCGAGCAGGUGGUGGUGUUGUCGUCGUGCGCGCUGUCCUUUCUGGGCUCGUCGCUCAUCAUCUUCACUUAUAUUAGUUUGCCAGAUUUAAGGAGCACUCCGAGAAAACUGCUGCUUUUCCUCUCAGUGGCCGACUGGCUCUCUGCGGUCUCGUACGCCUACGGAGUGUGGAGAGUGUUCGGCUCCGACUCGCCGGACUGUGUUGCCCAAGGAGCGAUAUCCACCUUCGCCAAUACUAGCUCCUUUUUCUGGACAGUGGCCAUUGCUGUUUACUUGUACGUGUUCAUCGUGAAGUCCAAUCAAAGGGCUGCCGACAACAUGGUACUGCUCUUCCACCUGAUCAGGGUGUACCCCGCCUUCCGCCCGAAUGCAGCUGAGAUAGGCUCCAGCGCCCCCCGCGACCCCGAAAGCUGGGGGGUUCCCCUGGCCAUCACUGUUGCAGCCGUGUGCCUCAACAAGAUUGGCUACAAUGCUUCGGAGGUGUCCGUGGGCUGGUGCUGGAUCAGGAUCCACAGUCCCGACCGAGUCCUGUGGAUGCUCCUGACUGGGAAGAUCUGGGAAUUCCUGGCUUACCUCACCCUCCCGGUCCUCUACAUCCUCAUCAAGAGGCACAUCCACACAGCGCAUGCUGCCCUUUCUGAGUACCGUCCACUCUUGGCCAACAGGACGCCAUCGCACUCCUACUCCUCCAUGGCAGACGCGAAGCUAACACUCAUCCCUAUUAUCUUCAUUGUGUUGCGGAUUUGGAGCACAAUACGCUUCAUUCUGCUGCUGGUUGGAUCGCCGGCCGGACAGAACCCUGUGCUGGUGACUCUACAUGGUAUUGGCAACACAUCACAGGGAGCAGCCAACUGCAUCAUGUUUGUGUUGUUCACCGCUCCAGUCCGGACGCGCCUCCUCGCCACACUCUGUUGCGGCUGCUGUCAGGGCAAAGGAGAGAGCCAGCAGGCACUGGAUGCCUCUCACGGGCUGUUGCCGGGACGACACAGCUCAGGCCAGAAAGAGGACGCCACAACCACUGACAGGUGACGCUCGAUUGUGCUGACGAGGACAGAAAGUGGACAUUAAGACGGACUUGUGAAAAUGAUGGAAAUACCAUAUGCACUGCACACCACAGUAACCUUUAAAGAAUGUGGUGGCAUUUGUAAAAUAAUGAAAACACUCCAUGUCAUAUUAUUUAUGUUUAAUAAACUCAAAUAUUUCAGUA